AUGGAAAAUCGGAGAGGUACAGAGCGAGGGUCUUAUAUAUGGGGCCGGAGUGUUCACAACAUCCGUAUCGAGCGCCUAUGGUGCGAUGUCACAAGAGGAUUUGGAGCAAAAUGGAAGGAUUUUUUCCUAGGGCUUGAGAUGCAUGACGGUUUGGAUACUAACUUGGAUGCCCAUGUGUGGCUCCUGCACCACAUAUUUCUUGAACGGAUUAACCUGGAUGCCACUGAUUGGGCUGAAUCAUGGAACCAUCACAGAAUUUCAAUUCGUGACGAGCGCCAGCGCAGUCCACGUGACAUGUUCUUCUUCGGCAUGCUUCAAAAUGGUGUGCAUGGAGUGGAUGCAACAUUCAUUCCGGGAGAUGAUGAAGUGGGUGACUUCCAAGAGUAUGGAAUAGACUGGGAAGCAUUCGAUGAAGAUAAUGUUCGUCAACACCAUAAUGAAGCAAAUAGUGUGGAUGAAACAGCCGACAACCCAUUUGUCAUUCAUCCCCCACAGCAGCUAUCAGAUGUACAGGUACCAGAAGCACACCGUCCACUGACAGAUGCACAGAUAUGUGAUCUAGAUAACCAGCUUACCCUUCUACCUCAUUACUUGUCUUACUCCAUGGACAGUUGUAGACUACUGUGGAUUGACGCACUUCAAAUAUGCUGUAACAUGUUUCAUUGA